CGUCUCGUGGGAAGGGCCAAGCAGCAGCUUACGCGUGCAAGACGUGCUGCUGCAGUAACAUGCUGCUGACGGCUCCCGUGGAAACCCGGGGUAAGACGGCGUCACCCUAGAAGGUGAGUUCAUUCAGCUGAUCAGAGGUCACCUCUGAUGGCCGCAGUCACGGCCGACCGUGCUGACAUCACACAGGAAUUCAGGUGACCCGGCAGGCACCAGGUGCUGGUGAAAGUGGGGACAUGUCAGCUGGUUGCCAUGGCUACAGUUAUCUUUAUGCAUCUGUAUGACUGCUGACUGGUGUGUGUUUCCUGUGACCUUUGACCUCAGACCGUACAGUUGGGCGUUCAGACGACGGCUAACUUUAAUUCCAUCAAGGAGCUGAACAACCGCUGGCGCUCGCUGCAACAUGCUGGGCAGCGCCCAUGAGGUGCAGCGCUUCCACAGAGACGCUGAUGAGACCAAAGAGUGGAUCGAGGAGAAGAACCAGGCCCUGAACACAGACAACUACAGCCACGACCUGGCCAGCGUUCAGGCUCUGCAGCGUGAACAUGAAGGCUUUGAGCGUGACCUGGCAGCUCUGGGUGAUAAGGUCCGCUUCCUGAUCGGUACCAGGACCCGGGUUGUCUCUGGAGACACGUUCUUCAUGGUUCUGGUGACUCCACCCCAGCCGUUCCUGAUCAGCAAUCAGCGGGGUGCUUUCCUAUUUAAGGUGGAUGGAGGACACAAUUUGACGCCAGAAGAUUGCCUCAGUUUUGGAUUCCUGUCGACCUCAUUGGAUACUGACCUGUACUCCAGUAUUUGGAUAUUCAACACACGGACCUUAUCACCACCCUCCAUAACCCACCUCUCAUCUCACCCAGUGCCCCAUCCACCAGGACGCCCCGCUUCUCUCCACCUCUGCUCCCUCUCCUGCGCUUCCCCCGGCUCUCUACCUCUCCCUCCUCCAGCCAACACAUACACCCACCACAGUAAGUCUGCUGAACACCUCUGCCUGCCUACAAUGGAUUCUGAAACCAGAACCUAAGCUCACCUGUGUUCU